GAAGAAGUUUGUAGUUUGUGUAGUUUGGAGAAACUCGAGACACUAAACAGCGACUCGAGCUCCGCAGAGAGCAACAAAUGAUGAUUUAUUAUUAAAUAUCAGCGGAGAAUUAACUCAUGUUUCACCCAAGGGGUUAAUCAGGCUUCAUUACUGAGUCGCCGGCUGUGGAUUUCUUCUUCGUCUCCCUCAUUUGUUGCAUCAUUAAGUGGUGGAGGGUCCCUGGCCGGGUGGGGGGCUCCUGUAGGAGCCGUGUCCGGCCACAGAGCACCGCUCCGGGGCUCCGGGGCUCCGCGGGCAGCAGAGCGGGGCUGCAGGAUGAAGAUGCCCAGAGGAGGACGCCUGUUCCUGGCGACGUGCCUCGGAUCUCUCUUCGUCCUGGUGCUUUACUUCCAGAGCAUCACCAAGACAGAACUUGGUGUGAAGACAGACAGCAGUCCUGGGAAAAGCAGGAGGAGUCCUCUUCAGACGCUCUACAACGGAGACCAGCAGCUGGAGGAACCUCAGAGGAACCUGCAGGGCCGCAGGGAGCUGCUGGAGCAGGCGUGUCUGAGCCACACCAGGAAGCGCCAGGUGCUUUCACCUGAGGACCUCAAACACCUCAUAGUGGAUGAUAAACACAGCCUUAUUUACUGCUACGUACCCAAGGUUGCCUGCACCAACUGGAAGCGAGUCCUUAUGGUCCUCAACAGUAACGGCCGCUACACCGACCCCCUCGCCAUCCCGGCCAACGAGGCCCACGUGGCCGGUAACCUGCGCACCCUCUCCGAGUUCUCGGUCCCGGAGAUCAACCAGCGGCUCCGCAGCUACCUCAAGUUCAUCUUCGUGCGGGAGCCCUUCGAGCGCCUGGUGUCCGCCUACCGCAACAAGUUCACGCGGAGCUACAACACGGCCUUCCACAAGCGCUACGGCACCAAGAUCAUCCGGCGCCACCGGCCCGACCCGGAGCACGAGGCGCUGGAGAAAGGCAAUGACGUCAAGUUCAACGAGUUCGUCCAGUACCUGGUGGACCCUAGGACCCAGCGGGAGGAGCCGCUCAACGAGCACUGGGAGCGGGUCCACUCGCUGUGCCACCCCUGCCUCAUCCACUACGACGUGGUCGGGAAGUACGAGACGCUGCAGCCGGACGCCCGGGCCGUGCUCCGGUUGGCCGGAGUGGACGAGAUGCUCCAGUUCCCAGCGUCCGGGAAAAGCACCAGGACGGACGGCAACAUGGCGGCACGUUUCUUCAAGCACAUCAGUCCGUUCUACCAGAAGAAACUGUUCAACCUGUACCGGAUGGACUUCCUGCUCUUCAACUACUCCACGCCGGAGUACCUCAGGACUCGAUAAGAUGGAAAGAAACAGGAUUAGACAUAAAUCCCAUGGACCAUUGGGAUGGUUUUCCUUUUUUUUUUAAUGACGAUGAUGAUUUUGCACUUUUUUUGGUUGCCAAGGGCAAUGUCGGGCUUCAUUAAUAUAUAUAAGGAACAAUAAUGGCCCCAGGAUUGAUCCCUGGAGGACGCCACAUUUGGUCACAAUGGGGUCGGGAAUUUAUUUUUCCCAUUUUUCUCCUCCUCUCUUUCGCUUUUCCUCCUCCUCCUGCACUUUUUGGUUGCCAUGGGCAAUGUCGGGCUUCAUUAAUAUAUACACUACUGGUCAAAAGUUUUAGAACACCCCAACUUUUUCAGAAUUUUAUCUGUUUAUGUCUCAGUUGCAGAAAACGUUGCAGAAUGUUUAUUUACUUCUCAAAACCCAUUUUUACAGACUUGCAUUCAUGUGAUGUUGGUCCUUCUUGUGUGGUAUGUAUAUAUAUAUAUAUAUAUAUAUAUAUAUAUAUAUAUAUAUAUAUA